AUACUUACCCGGUAGUGUAAGUAGUGAGGUGAAUCAUAUCCACCACAGUACACAAAGGACCUCACAGACCUGUGUUUCACCUUUUGUCCCACCCCUCCGAGUCACGCGACGAGUGAACGAAGAACAACGCAGCCACGACAACAACAAUAGGAUUCCAUCAACAAAAACCGACGCCGCCCUGCCCUCACGUCACCAAUCCCCUUCGCACAAUGCCUACGUCUUUGGAUUCAUCUCGCCCUAUCAUGGCACCCUCGCUCGUCUCUCCCCGGGCCUCAGUCCGUCUAAGCACCUACAGCACAAUGGCGCCCUCUUUGGCCCCGACCAUGAGGACGAACGAUUCGGCGCAUGCCGACAUCCGCAUUAUCGAGUCAGGUCUGGCACGCAUGGAAAACAAGGCUCUCUCCUUGCAGCGCGUCGUGCUCUCCGAGGAGAAGACGGCAAAUAUGAGCAAGUUGGCGCUGGGCGCCAAGCUCGACCGCGCCCUGGACCGCCGCAUGACGAGCCAAGACGCUGAGAUGCGACCGCGAAAGCAUAUUAUUAGCGAGAAGGAGAAAGAAGAACUAUAGAGUGACGAAGCACUUGGGAAAUA